CUCUCGUCACAAAUAGAAAGUGAAAGUAAGUUAGAGUUCAUCUGUCACCAUUUUAUGCUGUUAAAAUACGAAUACGAGCGUCAAAGUGUUUAAUAGAAACGUUUAUCAAAGUUUAUGCAGGAAUUUCCGUGUAUCUUUAUGAUGUUAAAGCUGGAGGAUUUGAGAACCUGUAACUUGUGAAAGUUUGAUCAAGACUCAAGAUAUGUUAUUAUGAUGGUUUUUUAAUCAGAUUCACACGCAGCUUCAUCAUGGGUGAUUCACAAGGAUCCAGACAUGGAGAUUUUUCUCCAGGAUGCAGUUCAGUCCAGCAGAAGAGCUCAAACCCAGAGUCCAGCUGUGUGUCUGUGAAGAGUAACUGCUCUAUAACUGAGCCAAUAACAUUUAAGAGUGGAAACACACGGCCUGAUCUCAGUUCAGUCCAGCAGAAGAGCUCAAACCCAGAGUCCAGCUGUGUGUCUGUGAAGAGUAACUGGUCUAUGGAGGACCCAAUACAUUUUAAGAGCGGAAACACACAGCCUGAUCCCAGGUCGAAUCUUUUAUCCAGUCCAGUUAAAAACAAAACUGUGAACACGCCUGUGAUUCGACCACAAGACUCUAAUGAAAGCAUGAAUCCUGGUUUCAGCCAUGACUCUAAACCUGAGGUCUUAAACACACUGAGAUCAAAUCUGAGAAAGAAGUUUGAGUGUUUGUAUGAGGGAAUAUCAAAGCAGGGAAACCCAACACUCCUGAAUGAGAUCUACACAGAGCUCUACAUCACAGAGAGUGAAAGUGGAGAGAUCAAUAAUGAGCAUGAGGUGAGACAGAUUGAGACACAGUCCAGGAGAGCAGAAACAGAGGACACAACGAUCAAAUGCAGUGACAUCUUUAGACCUUUACCUGGACAAGACAAACCCAUCAGAACUGUGCUGACAAAGGGAGUUGCUGGCAUUGGAAAAACAGUCUCUGUGCAGAAGUUCAUCCUGGACUGGGCUGAAGGGAAAGAGAAUCAGGACAUCCAGCUCAUAUUUCCUCUUCCUUUCAGAGAGAUCAACUUCAUGAAGGACAAAACACUCAGUCUUUCAGAUCUUCUUCAGUUCUUUUUCCCUGAAACAAAAGAAAUGGAAAUAUCCAGUGAUAAGUAUAAAGUUUCCUUCAUCUUUGAUGGUCUGGAUGAGUGUCGUCUGUCUCUGGAUUUUCAGAGCGAUGUGAGGUUGUGUGAUGUGACUGAAUCAGCCUCAGUGGACGUGCUGCUGAUGAACCUCAUUGCGGGGAAUCUGCUUCCCUCUGCUCUCAUCUGGAUCACCUCCAGACCAGCAGCAGCUGAUCUCGUCCCCUCUGAGUGUGUCCAUCGAGUGACAGAGGUACGAGGCUUCAGUGAGCCACAGAAGCAGGAAUACUUCAGGAAAAGAAUCAGUGAUCGGAGUCUGUCCGACAGGAUCAUCUCACACCUGGAGUCAUCAAGGAGCCUCUUUAUUAUGUGUCACAUCCCAGUGUUCUGCUGGAUCUCAGCCGCUGUUCUAGAGAAGAUGUUGAGUGAAGCAGAGAGAGGAGAGAUUCCCAAGACUCUGACUCAAAUGUACACACACUUUCUGAUCCUUCAGACCAACAUCAAACAUGAGAAGGACUAUGAGAAGAAAGUGAAAGAUGAAGACAUGAUUGUCAAACUAGGGAAACUGGCAUUUCAGCAGCUUGUGAAAGGCAACCUGAUCUUCUAUGAGGAAGACCUGAGAGAGUGUGGCAUUGAUGUGACAGAAGCAUCAGUGUACUCAGGAUUGUGCACUCAGAUCUUCAGAGAGGAGUUGGGCUUGUAUCAGGGGAAAGUCUUCUGCUUUGUUCAUCUGAGCAUUCAGGAACAUCUAGCAGCUCUAUAUGUGCAUCUCUCCUUUAUAAACAAGAACAUCAAUGUGUUUGACCAGAUUACCAAACCAACUAAUGGAGACGAUUUUUCACUAUCUGAUCUCCAUCAGAGAGCUGUGGAUGAGGCUUUAGACUGUAAAAAUGGGCAUCUGGACCUUUUCCUUCGUUUCCUUCUGGGUCUGUCAGUGGAGUCUAAUCAGAGUCUCUUACAAGAACUAAAGACACAGACAGGAAACAGCUCUCACAACAAUGAGAAAACAGUUCACUAUAUCAAAGAGAAGAUCAGUGAGAAUCCCUCUCCAGAUAAAUACAUCAAUCUGUUUCACUGUCUGAAUGAACUGGGUGAUCUUUCACUAGUGAAUGAAGCUCAACCUUGUAUGUGGUCUGGAGGAUUACGUCAUGUGAAACUCUCCUCAUCUCAGUGGUCAGCUUUAGUUUUUGUGUUUUUGACUUCAGAGCAGACAAUACAGGAGUUUAACCUGAAAGACUUAAUUGGAUACACAAAUCAUCAUGACGCAGUAAAUACAGCAGAUGAAGUUCUUCAGAAGAUGCUGCCUGUGGUUACAGCAACUAGAUCAGCUUGGUUGUGGGAUUGUGGUGUCACAGAUGAAGGUUGUGCUGCUCUGGCUUCAGCUCUGAGAUCAAACCCCUCACACCUGAGAGAACUGGAUCUGUCUGGAAAUAAACUAGGAGACUCGGGAGUGAAGAUGAUUUCUGCUGUACUGGAGAAUCCUCACUGUAAACUGGAGGAUCUGGGGUUGAGGUAUUGUGGUGUCACAGAUGAAGGUUGUGCUGCUCUGGCUUCAGCUCUGAGAUCAAACCCCUCACACCUGAGAAAACUGAAUCUGACUGUGAAUAAACUAGGAGACUCGGGAGUGAAGAUGAUUUCUGCUGGACUGGAGAAUCCUCACUGUAAACUGGAGGAUCUGUGGUUGAGGGAUUGUGGUGUCACAGAUGAAGGUUGUGCUGCUCUGGCUUCAGCUCUGAGAUCAAACCCCUCACACCUGAUAAAACUGCAUCUGUCUAUGAAUAAUCUAGGAGACUCGGGAGUGAAGAUGUUUUCUGCUGUACUGGAGAAUCCUCACUGUAAACUGGAGGAACUGGGGUUGAGGGAUUGUGGUGUCACAGAUGAAGGUUGUGCUGCUCUGGCUUCAGCUCUGAGAUCAAACCCCUCACACCUGAGAAAACUGAAUCUGUCUGUGAAUAAACUAGGAGACUCAGGAGUGAAGAUGAUUUCUGCUCUACUGGAGAAUCCUCACUGUAAACUGGAGGAUCUGAGGUUGGAGGAUUGUGGUGUCACAGAUGAAGGUUGUGCUGCUCUGGCUUCAGCUCUGAGAUCAAACCCCUCACACCCGAGAGAACUGAAUCUGUCUAGGAAUAAACUAGGAGACUCGAGAGUGAAGAUGAUUUCUGCUGUAAUGAAGAAUCCUCACUGUAAACUGGAGGAACUGUGGUUGAGGGAUUGUGGUGUCACAGAUGAAGGUUGUGCUGCUCUGGCUUCAGCUCUGAGAUCAAACCCCUCACACCUGAGAGAACUGGAUCUGUCUGGGAAUAAACUAGGAGACUCGGGAGUGAAGAUGAUUUCUGCUGGACUGGAGAAUCCUCACUGUAAACUGGAGGAACUAGAGUUGGAGGAUUGUGGUGUCACAGAUGAAGGUUGUGCUGCUCUGGCUUCAGCUCUGAGAUCAAACCCCUCACACCUGAGAAAACUGAAUCUGUCUGGGAAUAAACUAGGAGACUCUGGAGUGAAGAUGAUUUCUGCUGGACUGGAGAAUCCUCACUGUAAACUGGAGGAACUGUGGUUGAGGGAUUGUGGUGUCACAGAUGAAGGUUGUGCUGCUCUGGCUUCAGCUCUGAGAUCAAACCCCUCACACCUGAGAAAACUGUAUCUGUCUGGGAAUAAUCUAGGAGACUCUGGAGUGAAGAUGAUUUCUGCUGUACUGGAGAAUCCUCACUGUAAACUGGAGGAUCUGUGGUUGAGGUAUUGUGGUGUCACAGAUGAAGGUUGUGCUGCUCUGGCUUCAGCUCUGAGAUCAAACCCCUCACACCUGAGACAACUGAAUCUGUCUGUGAAUAAACUAGGAGACUCGGGAGUGAAGCUGAUUUCUGCUGUACUGGAGAAUCCUCACUGUAAACUGGAGGAACUAGAGUUGAGGGAUUGUGGUGUCACAGAUGAAGGUUGUGCUGCUCUGGCUUCAGCUCUGAGAUCAAACCCCUCACACCUGAGAGAACUGGAUCUGUCUGGGAAUAAACUAGGAGACUCGGGAGUGAAGCUGCUCUCUGAUCUGAAGAAUGAUCCACAUUAUAAACUGGAGACACUAUGGUUGAGGUAUUGUGGUGUCACAGAUGAAGGUUGUGCUGCUCUGGCUUCAGCUCUGAGAUCAAACCCCUCACACCUGAGAAAACUGUAUCUGUCUAGGAAUAAACUAGGAGACUCGGGAGUGAAGCUGAUUUCUGCUGUACUGGAGAAUCCUCACUGUAAACUGGAGAAACUGAGGUUGGAGGAUUGUGGUGUCACAGAUGAAGGUUGUGCUGCUCUGGCUUCAGCUCUGAGAUCAAACCCCUCACACCUGAGAAAACUGUAUCUGUCUAGGAAUAAACUAGGAGACUCGGGAGUGAAGAUGAUUUCUGCUGUGCUGGAGAAUCCUCACUGUAAACUGGAGGAUCUGAGGUUGGAGUAUUGUGGUGUCACAGAUGAAGGUUGUGCUGCUCUGGCUUCAGCUCUGAGAUCAAACCCCUCACACCUGAGAGAACUGGAUCUGUCUAGGAAUAAUCUAGGAGACUCGGGAGUGAAGAUGAUUUCUGCUGUACUGGAGAAUCCUCACUGUAAACUGGAGGAACUAGAGUUGAGGGAUUGUGGUGUCACAGAUGAAGGUUGUGCUGCUCUGGCUUCAGCUCUGAGAUCAAACCCCUCACACCUGAGAAAACUGGAUCUGUCUAGGAAUAAACUAGGAGACUCGGGAGUGAAGCUGAUUUCUGCUGUACUGGAGAAUCCUCACUGUAAACUGGAGGAUCUGGGGUUGUGGGAUUGUGGUGUCACAGAUGAAGGUUGUGCUGCUCUGGCUUCAGCUCUGAGAUCAAACCCCUCACACCUGAGAAAACUGUAUCUGUCUGGGAAUAAACUAGGAGACUCGGGAGUGAAGAUGAUUUCUGCUGGACUGGAGAAUCCUCACUGUAAACUGGAGGAUCUGAGGUUGUGGGAUUGUGGUGUCACAGAUGAAGGUUGUGCUGCUCUGGCUUCAGCUCUGAGAUCAAACCCCUCACACCUGAGAAAACUGAAUCUGUCUUGGAAUAAACUAGGAGACUCGGGAGUGAAGAUGAUUUCUGCUGUACUGGAGAAUCCUCACUGUAAACUGGAAGAACUGUGGUUGAUGGAUUGUGGUGUCACAGAUGAAGGUUGUGCUGCUCUGGCUUCAGCUCUGAGAUCAAACCCCUCACACCUGAGAGAACUGUAUCUGUCUAGGAAUAAUCUAGGAGACUCGGGAGUGAAGAUGAUUUCUGCUGUACUGGAGAAUCCUCACUGUAAACUGGAGGAUCUGGGGUUGAGGGAUUGUGGUGUCACAGAUGAAGGUUGUGCUGCUCUGGCUUCAGCUCUGAGAUCAAACCCCUCACACCUGAGAAAACUGUAUCUGUCUGGGAAUAAACUAGGAGACUCGGGAGUGAAGCUGAUUUCUGCUGUACUGGAGAAUCCUCACUGUAAACUGGAGAAACUGAGGUUGGAGGAUUGUGGUGUCACAGAUGAAGGUUGUGCUGCUCUGGCUUCAGCUCUGAGAUCAAACCCCUCACACCUGAGAAAACUGUAUCUGUCUAGGAAUAAACUAGGAGACUCGGGAGUGAAGAUGAUUUCUGCUGUGCUGGAGAAUCCUCACUGUAAACUGGAGGAUCUGAGGUUGGAGUAUUGUGGUGUCACAGAUGAAGGUUGUGCUGCUCUGGCUUCAGCUCUGAGAUCAAACCCCUCACACCUGAGAGAACUGAAUCUGUCUUGGAAUAAUCUAGGAGACUCGGGAGUGAAGAUGAUUUCUGCUGUACUGGAGAAUCCUCACUGUAAACUGGAGGAUCUGAGGUUGAGGGAUUGUGGUGUCACAGAUGAAGGUUGUGCUGCUCUGGCUUCAGCUCUGAGAUCAAACCCCUCACACCUGAGAGAACUGAAUCUGUCUUGGAAUAAACUAGGAGACUCGGGAGUGAAGAUGAUUUCUGCUGUACUGGAGAAUCCUCACUGUAAACUGGAGGAACUGUGGUUGAAGGAUUGUGGUGUCACAGAUGAAGGUUGUGCUGCUCUGGCUUCAGCUCUGAGAUCAAACCCCUCACACCUGAGAGAACUGUAUCUGUCUAGGAAUAAUCUAGGAGACUCGGGAGUGAAGAUGAUUUCUGCUGGACUGGAGAAUCCUCACUGUAAACUGGAGGAUCUGGGGUUGGGGUAUUGUGGUGUCACAGAUGAAGGUUGUGCUGCUCUGGCUUCAGCUCUGAGAUCAAACCCCUCACACCUGAGAAAACUGUAUCUGUCUGGGAAUAAACUAGGAGACUCGGGAGUGAAGCUGCUCUCUGAUCUGAAGGAUGAUCCACAUUAUAAACUGGAGACACUAUGGACAUGACAGUCUGAUCUCCUCAUGAUCAUCUGAUGGUGAAUAAGGAUCCACUACAGAGACUCACAGUCGACAGAAUCAACAGACUGAAGAUACAGUGACUUCACUGUUAUAAAUUAAGACUUCAUUUAGAUUUCAACGAUCCUCUGACAGACCUGAUGAGGUGGCAGUGAAGCACCUUUUAUUUCAGAGCAGCAAAGUACAGUUUCUCAUUCAUUGAUUAACCAUUUUAUUUGUAUAAAUGCACUGUAUAAAUUCAAAAAGGUUGGAGUUUUGUUACAGAGAAAAUAUAGAGCCUGAAUAUAUUUGUGUUUGUGUUUUACCAGCAGAGGGAGACAAAGACAAAUGAAAGAUUAAUUUUUCAUGAUUAUGGAGAGAGAGAGAAAAAACAGUUCAAUCUCACUUUUGAAAUACAAACAAUAGUUGUAUUAUAGUUAUACUUGUAUUACAUUUGUAUGAAUGUAUUUAGUAUGUCUUUUUUUUAAAUAAUAAAUGGUGGUAGCAUUCAUUAAA